CUUGAGGGACCUCGCGCGCGCGCGGCCGGGGGGGCGGCCUCUGAGCGCGGCGGGCGGAGCAGCCCCGAGCGAACUGAGAGGCUGUAUGGUAGGAUCCCAUCUCUGAUGCUCUUCUAGCAGGUCGGCUCAGCAUGUCGGUCAGCGUCCACGAGACCCGCAAGUCGCGGAGCAGCACGGGCUCCAUGAACAUCACGCUGUUCCACAAGGCCUCACACCCCGACUGCGUGCUGGCGCACCUCAACACGCUGCGCAAGCACCGCAUGUUCACCGACGUGACGCUCUGGGCCGGUGACCGCGCCUUCCCCUGCCACCGCGCCGUGCUGGCCGCCUCCAGCCGCUACUUCGAGGCCAUGUUCAGCCACGGCCUGCGGGAGAGCCACGACGACACGGUCAACUUCCAGGACAACCUGCACCCCGAGGUGCUGGAGCUGCUGCUGGACUUUGCCUACUCGUCGCGCAUCGUCAUCAACGAGGAGAACGCUGAGUCGCUGCUGGAGGCGGGCGACAUGCUGCAGUUCCACGACGUGCGGGACGCGGCCGCCGAGUUCCUGGAGAAGAACCUGUUCCCAUCUAACUGCCUGGGCAUGAUGCUGCUCUCGGACGCCCACCAGUGCCGCCGGCUCUACGAGUUCUCCUGGCGCAUGUGCCUGGUGCACUUUGAGGCCGUGCGCCAGAGCGACGACUUCAACAGCCUCUCCAAGGACACCCUGCUGGACCUCGUCUCCAGCGACGAGCUGGAGGCCGAGGACGAGCGCGUGGUCUUCGAGGCCGUGCUGCAGUGGGUCCGGCAUGACCUGGAGCAGCGCAAGGCCCACCUGCCCGAGCUCCUCCGCGGCGUGCGGCUGGCCCUGCUGCCCUCCGACUGCCUGAAGGAGGCCGCGUCCGGCGACGCCCUGCUCAUGGCGGAUGAGCGCACGCGGCUGCUGGUGGACGAGGCACUGCGCUGCAAGGCCCGGAUCCUGCAGAACGACGGCGUGGUCACCAGCCCCUGCGCCCGGCCGCGCCGGGCCGGCCACACGCUGCUCAUCCUCGGGGGCCAGACCUUCAUGUGCGACAAGAUCUACCAGGUGGACCACAAGGCCAAGGAGAUCAUCCCGAAGGCGGACCUGCCCAGCCCCCGCAAGGAAUUCAGCGCCUCGGCCAUCGGCUGCAAGGUGUACGUCACCGGGGGCCGGGGCUCCGAGAACGGGGUCUCCAAGGACGUGUGGGUGUACAACACGGUCCACGAGGAGUGGUCCAAGGCGGCGCCCAUGCUGAUCGCCCGCUUCGGCCACGGCUCCGCCGAGCUGGAGAACUGCCUCUACGUGGUCGGGGGCCACACGUCGCUGGCCGGCGUCUUCCCGGCCUCGCCGUCGGUCUCGCUGAAGCAGGUGGAGAAGUAUGACCCCGGGGCGAACAAGUGGACCAUGGUGGCCCCGCUGAGGGACGGCGUCAGCAACGCCGCAGUGGUGAGCGCCAAGCUGAAGCUCUUCGUGUUCGGCGGCACCAGCAUCCACCGGGACAUGGUGUCCAAGGUCCAGUGCUACGACCCGUCGGAGAACCGGUGGAGCAUCAAGGCCGAGUGUCCGCAGCCCUGGCGGUACACCGCGGCCGCCGUGCUGGGCAGCCAGAUCUUCAUCAUGGGCGGCGACACGGAGUUCACGGCCGCCUCGGCCUACCGCUUCGACUGCGAGAGCAACCAGUGGACGCGGAUCGGGGACAUGACCGCCAAGCGCAUGUCCUGCCACGCGCUGGCGUCGGGCAACAAGCUCUACGUGGUGGGGGGCUACUUCGGCACCCAGCGGUGUAAGACCCUGGACUGCUACGACCCCACGUCGGACACGUGGAAUUGCGUCACCACCGUGCCCUACUCGCUCAUCCCCACGGCCUUCGUCAGCACCUGGAAGCACCUGCCCGCCUGAGGCGCGCGGAGCCAGCCAGACGCUACGUGUUUCUCCCUGCCCCACGGCCGCGGCCCUCGCUCAUGCACGUGGCCCUGACCUUGUCUGUGGGAUGCUCCACCCGGCCCAGCGCUCUGAGCUGCCAGCAGCUGGCCCACCAGUCCUGGGAGCGGUGGCCUCGGGGGCUGCUCCGAGCUUCAGGGAAGAAGAGCCGUCUCCGCGUCCUGUGGGUCUGGCUGAGGCCUUGCCUGCUUUGCGGUGGUUUGCGGGGGGGAGAGGACCUUCCAGGGGGCGUGGACGGAUACCAGGACUCCCUCGGC